AUGUCCAUCAAGAAAAUUGAUUACUCACUGUAUCUUGUCACUGACCGCUCUCUUGUUCCCGAGGGCAAGACAUUUCUAGGACAAAUUGAACGUGCACUGGAGGGAGGUGUUACGCUUGUUCAACUUCGUGAAAAGGACACCGAGACUGGACCAUUUAUCGACUUUGCAUUCAAGGUCAAGGCAUUGACACGCAAAUUUGGCGUGCCAUUGAUCAUCAAUGAUCGUAUAGAUGUUGCUCAAGCCGUGGAUGCUGAAGGUGUUCAUAUCGGUCAAGAUGAUAUGCCUCUGACAAGAGCAAGAGAGAUCUUGGGUCCCCAUAAGAUCAUUGGUGUCUCUUGCAAUACGGAGCAAGAAGCUGCUAUUGCUAUUCGUGAUGGUGCUGAUUACUUGGGUAUCGGUGCUGUUUGGUUUACAUCUACCAAGAAGAAUAUCAAGGAACCUUUGGGUGUGGAAGGCGUGCAACGCAUUCUCAAAUCCAUGGAAGCAAACCCUGUGCCAACGGUUGCUAUUGGUGGCAUUGGGGCCAAGAACGCUUGUGAAUUGUUGGAAGGAUCAGAUACAGGUAAAAUCCACAUUGAUGGCCUUGCUAUCGUGUCUGCCAUCAUGGCAGCUGAAGACCCUAAAGUUGCUUGUGAGGAACUACUGAGAUUGGUCCGCUCCAGUUUGAGCAAGGUGGGAGUAAAAGUCAACAACACGGUGAAGGAUGCUGUCCAAUUUGCUGUUCAAGCUGCAAAGAACAUCAAGGAAAAGACACCUAUGGUGCAUCAUAUUACCAAUUAUGUGGUGAUCAAUGAUAAUGCCAAUGCAACAUUGGCUGUUGGCGCAUCUCCCAUUAUGUCCACCAACCGUCAAGAAAUGGAAGAACUAGCAGCAGUCAAUGGCGCCAUGUUGUUGAACAUGGGCACACUAAACGAUGUGGAUACCAUGAUUUUAGCAGCUCAAGCCAAUGUGCGCCACAAGAACCCUGUUGUGUUGGACCCUGUUGGAUGUGGUGCUACAAAAUUCAGAAGAGAGACAUUGACACGAUUCUUGAACGAGUGCGAUUUAACGGUUAUCAAGGGAAACGCAGGAGAGAUUUUAUCCAUGGCUGGCCUUGGAGGUAAAUCAAGAGGUGUGGAUUCAGUGGGCAGCAAUGACGAGCAAUUGAUGGUAAAUGCUGUCAAGACACUUGCCAGACAAAACAACUGUGUAAUUGGAUUGACAGGCCCUACCGACUAUGUGUCUGAUGGAGAACGCGUGUUUGCUAUCGAAAAUGGAGAUGCAUUAUUACCGUUGAUUACUGGCAGUGGCUGUAUGGUAUCAUCUAUUGUAGCCUGCUUCACUGCAGCAAACCGUGAUGACUAUCUGUUAGCCACUGUUGCUGGUAUUCUCACAGUUACAGUAGCCUCAGAAAUAGCUGCUGCCCGUGAGUAUGUCAAUGGACCAGGCACUUUCCGUGCUGCCCUGAUCGAUGAAUUGUAUAAUGUGACAAAUUCACCAGAGUUACUGGAGAAAUAUGCUAGAAUUCGCACCGUUGAAUAA